GCCAUGGCUCGCAAGAGGGCGUUGGCAGCACUGGCACUUGGUGUGUGGUCCGCGGGCUUCGUGAGCCCUGUUGGACCGUCGCGUGCGGUCUCCUCUCAAGCCCGGAGCACCCCUCGGAGGUUGUCUGCUCGGGUUGGGACUGCUGGCGGAGCCGCUUGCUUGGCCGCGUUCGGUCUGUCUGCAGCUUUGGUCCUCAG